CCAGAAUUCCGUGCGGCGGAUAUUACGCUUCUCUUCCUGGUUACGUUUCAACUGUCAAAAGAAACAAUUAGUGGAGCCUCGAGAUGUCUUUUAAUAACACACGCACCGUGUGGGUGUGAAGGUGAAUGAGACAGCCACGCCGAGACGCUUGUCCUCGUCCAGCGAUGGAGGAUUUCAGACGAACCUACCAGCGGCUGUGUAAGGAAGCAGGCGUGGAGCCCCAGGAGUCGGUCCUGGCUCAGCUGCAGGAGGUCCGGGCUGCGGCUGGUGGCACCAAACUGGACCUGAGCGGCCAGAGCCUGACGGUGGAGUCCUGCUCCAUGCUGGGCAAGACACUGCAGAAAGACACGCUUUUCACUGAGCUCAUCCUCAGCGACUGCAUGCUUAGCGAGGAAGGCACCAAGCUUCUCCUGAAAGGGCUGUGUUCCAACACCACAGUAAAACUGCUGGAUCUUAAGGGAAAUAACUUAAGAGGUGCGGGAGCAGAGGCUUUGGGGAAGUUGUUGGUGAGAAACAAGACAUUGCAAAGGCUUGUGUUGGAGUGGAAUGCUUUAGGGAUGUGGGAAGAAGGCUUUUCCGUAUUCUGCGAAGGUCUCGCUUCUAAUGGUUCCCUUAUUCAGCUAGACCUGCGCAACAACCAGAUCAACCACCAGGGAGCAGCUGAGAUUGCUCUGGCCUUAAAAAGGAACUCGGUCCUGCGAGAGCUUGACCUGCGGUGGAAUAACAUUGGCCUGCUGGGCGGCCGCGCUUUGCUAGAAGCUCUACAGCAGAACCGCACUCUCCUCCAGCUCGAGAUGGCCGGCAACAACAUCCCAAGCGACAUUCUCAAAGCCAUCGAGCAGGCUAUGGAUCACAAUGCAGAUAGACAUACAACCCUGCGAGAAAGCCACAGCAAGACUCACGUGCUCAGCAAGGAGAUCCAGAUCCUCAAAGAGGAGAAGAACCGACAGUUUCUAAGUCUGAUGGAGACCAUUGAUAAGCAAAGGGAUGAGAUGGGGAGGAGCAGCAGAACUUCGUCAGUACGCUUGGGGCAGCUCCAGGAAGCUCUGAACGAACGGAAAUCAGCCGUGAAUUCCCUCACAGCCAAGUUACAGAUGACUGAAGCUGCUCUGGCUCUGUCUGAGCAGAAGGUCAAUAACCUGGGAGAUCUACUGACAAAAACAAAAGUGGAGAGGACUGAACUCAUGGACAAGCAAUCCAGAGAGAUGAAGAAACAACAAGAGGACGGUAUUCUUCGAGAAGGGAAGCUUUUGAGGGAAGUGAACAGUCUGACCGAGAAGAACCAUCAGCUGAGGAACAAGCUAGAGGAGGCUGAGCGGCGCUGCAAAAGUCAACAAGAUCAAAUCUUUGAGCUGAAGCAGGAGCUGACCAACUCCACUGCAGAGCUAAAAUUACGCCUGUCCCAAGCUGAACAACGCUUGGACAUGGAGAAGAGAAGAUCCAAACAAGCUCUUGAAGACAUGGACAGUUUGCGUCAGAAAGAGGUAGAUCAUGUCAAUAAGCACCUGGAGGAGAGUGAGAGAGCUCUACAAGACCGUAUUCUCAAACUUGAGGGUCAGCGGAUCCAGCUGGAGGAGGAGCUGAGCCGAAUGAAGGCUGCUAUGGUGACCGAGAGGGCUCAGGCAGAAGAGGAGCUCGGGAAAGUGCGUGCACAUGUGCGUCUGGAAGAGCAGCAGCAUUUGAACAGCAUGGAGGAGAAGUUACGGAGCAUACGUCAGACACGUGACGAGGCUCAGAGCCACUGCACGCAGCAGAAGCAGAUCAUCACUGAGCUGCACAGCCGAGUAGGCCAGCAGAGCGUAGAGAUGGACACCCUGCGGCGCAGGAUAGACGAGCUGCAGCAGGAGCUUGCAGGGAAAGAGCAGGAGAAGGUGGCGGAGGUGACGCGGGUUAAGGUACAGCUGCAGGAGCAGAUCGGCCACUUGCAAGCUGAGAGGACAACACAGAGCGGCUUAAAGGAGAAGAUCGCUGCUUUGGAGAGAGAGAUAAAGGCACUUAGCACCACUCAUCGAGAAGCUCUUCUGGACAAAGAAAGCGAGAUCUCGUCCCUGCAGGAGCGCCUGCGCAUGCGGGAAGCGGAGAUCCAACGUAUGCGUGAGGACGAGGCGCAGAGAGCCAGUUUUCUUCAGAACGCCAUCCUCACAUAUGUUCAAGGUUCCACUCUUGGACACUACAGCCCAAAAAAAUGACCCUCACCCAAUCCAUAAUUAAACCUGCUGAAUUCCUUUACUGUGUCUUCAGUCACUGAGGUCAUUUUGAAUGGACAGUAGUAUUAACUGAGCAGAAUGGACUUGGACUUGGUAUAGUCUUGAACACUCAUCUGAGGGGCUUCUUCAGUUAAAGCAGCCGUCUUCAGAUGACUAAAGAUUGUAACCCAAGUCCAGUCGCUUUGACUUACAAUGCAAUAACACAAUUCCUCUGAUUUUAGGUUACAACAUCGAGGUACAACAAAAAACCACCUGGAAAAAUGUUUUAAAUUCAGACUGCAUUGGUUUGAGAAGUUAAAAUUUUAAUUUUUUAUGACGCAAGAUAUAAUAUGUAUUGAGCUGACUCUGCAUAUUCUUAUCUCGCUGUGGUAUUGUGUUUUAUUCAAUACGAACAAACUUUUUUUUUUUUUUUUU